AGAGGAAUGAAAAUAACCUCGAAAAGUUAUAACUCAAAAUAAAAUUAAAAUUUAUUUCAUGAAACAAAGAACAUAUUUUAUAAACUAAUAUGGUAAAUAAUGAAUAUUAAUAUACAUAUAUUUAUAUUAUAAAACGAAAAUAAAUGUUUUCAAAAGGAAAAUUAAAUGAAAUCUCUAAAAUAAAUAAAUAAAUGAUUAUUUGUGAUUAUUUAUUAACAAUAAAUAUUAUCAAAAGAUGACACAUUCUGGUAAAAUGAUAAGUUGUGUUAAAUUUUUAGGUAAAUUUCAACGGAUUAAAAUAAAUAUACCAUUAAAAUGUUACUACCAUACGUUAAGAGUUAAUAGUAAAAAUAUAUAUAAAACAAAAAAUUUAAAUAUAUUUAAACUGAAUUAUAGUAAUACGUCAAAAGUUAAAUUGAAUGAAAUUAAAUCUGGAGGAGUAUCUAAAGAAAGUAUACCAAAUAAAUCAGAAAUAAAACGAUUGUUGUUAUUAGCAAGACCUGAAAAAUGGAAAUUAACUGGUGCAAUAACACUAUUAUUGAUAUCAUCAACAGUGACAAUGGCUGUGCCAUUUUGUUUAGGAAAAAUAAUAGAUAUAAUAUAUACUGAAGACAAGAAUAAAACAAAAGAUAAUUUAAAUAAAUUAAGCAUAGUAUUACUUGCUGUAUUUAUGAUUGGUGGCUUGUGUAAUUUUGGUAGAAUAUAUUUUAUGUCAACUUCUGGAUACCGCAUAACACAAAGUCUACGUAAAAAAGCUUACUCUGCAAUAUUGAGCCAAGAAACGGGAAUGUUCGAUAAAAUAAGUACCGGUGAAUUAGUUGGAAGACUGUCUGGUGACGCACAAUUAGUUAGUUCAGCAAUAACAAGUAACGUAUCUGAUGGUUUACGUUCAUCAAUAACAACAUUAGCUGGUGUCUCAAUGAUGUUUCAUUUAUCACCUCAACUUGCCUGUGUUGGAUUAGGAGUCGUUCCACCAAUAACAGGCUUAGCAAUAGUAUACGGUCGUUUCGUUAAAAAAAUAUCAAAAGAUCUUCAAAGUAGUUUAGCAGUACUAAAUACAACUGCUGAAGAAAGAAUCGGUAAUAUAAGGACAGUAAAAGCUUUUGCACAAGAAAAAAAUGAAAUAAAACGUUAUGGUUCAAAGCUUGAUGAUCUAUUAAAUUUAUGUUACAAAGAAAGUUUGUACAGAGGUAUAUUUUUUGGUUUGACUGGUUUUACGGGUAAUGCUAUUAUUUUAUCUGUAUUAUAUUACGGCGGUGUUAUGAUAUCAGACGCAUCAAUAACCGUUGGUAAUCUUAGUGCAUUUUUAUUGUACGCUGCUUAUACUGGUAUGUCACUGAGUGGUAUAUCUAAUUUUUACACUGAAUUAAAUCGUGCAUUAGGUGCAAGUACAAGACUUUUUGAAUACAUAGAUCGUAAACCAAAAAUUCCUAUUGAAGGAGGAAAAAUUUUAGACAAACCAUUGAGGGGUGAAAUAAUAUUUGAUAAUAUUUCUUUUAAAUAUCCGACAAGAGAAGACUGUUGGAUAUUAAAUAAUUUUUCAUUAAAUUUGCCAGUUUGUUCUGUUAAUGCUAUCGUUGGUCCAUCGGGAUCUGGAAAGUCGACAAUCGCUUUGUUAUUAUUACGAUUAUAUGAUCCGCAAUCUGGUAAUAUUUUAAUAGAUAAAUAUAAUAUUAAGGAAUUAAAUCCACCGUGGGUUAAAUCGCAAAUUGGAUUUGUAUCACAAGAGCCUGUUUUAUUUAAUGGUACUAUUAAAGAGAACAUAAGUUAUGGUAGAGAUGAUGCCAGUGACAAUGAUAUUAUGGAAGCGGCAAAACUAGCAAAUGUUUUGGAAUUUACCCAAAGAAUGACUGACGGAUUGGAUACUCUUGUUGGAGAACGCGGUGUUACUUUGAGUGGAGGACAACGGCAACGAGUUGCUAUUGCAAGAGCUUUAAUAAAGAAUCCGAAGAUUUUAAUUUUGGAUGAAGCGACCAGCGCACUUGACGCUGAAAGUGAAAAUUAUGUCCAAGAAGCAUUAGAACGAGCUACUCAAGGUCGUACGGUAUUAACGAUAGCCCAUCGAUUGAGUACAAUUAAAAAUUCACAUAAAAUUGCAGUUAUUGACAAAGGUCAGGUUGUUGAAACUGGUAAUUAUAACGAAUUAAUGUUAAUUGAAAACGGAUUGUUUAAAAAAUUAGUCAAACAUCAAACAUUCAGUUAAAAUUGUAAAUUAAAUAACAUAUUUUAAUAGCUUGUAAAUUUUAUGUGGUGGGAUGUAAUAUAAUAAAUAUAUGUAUAUGUAUAAAUAAAUAUAUGUUUAUAUAAAAAAUUGUAA